UGCUGCUUUAAUUUGUGUAGGUAGCUUACUUGUUGAGAACAUUUUCUCUUUUUUGACAGCCAAGUUUUUAAUUAUUUGCGUUAGAUUGCCCUGCACUAUUCGCGAGUUUAACCGGUCCUGGAGUGAAAUGUGGCAUCGUGCUCAAACGUGUUCUCUACUUUUGUCUAGAAACAUUUUGAUGUUUGCCAAAAGUUUCCAGUUCAGUGCACCAAUAAGUGCGGCGUGAGAGAAAUUCCACGAGACAAGCUUGAAGUUCACAUUCGUGACCAAUGUCCUGAAGUUGCAGUUACCUGCGAAUACGAGAACCUGGGAUGCAAGGCUAUGUUUCCAAGAUCAAACACCGAUUCUCAUUCAAAGUCCGAAGUUGAAGGUCAUUUGAGGUUAGCCCUACAUUGCCUUGAGGCCACUCGGUUACAAGUUCAUGAUCUUGUCAGCCUUGUCAAAGAACAAUCACAGCAGAUAGAGCGAUUGAUGUCCAGUGAUCAAGAAAAGGCACAACAGAUGGAGAGAUUGAUGGCUGAAGUUAAAGAACAGUCACUAGAUGUUAAAAGGCUGAUGUCCAAAGAUCAAGAACACUCACAGCAUGUACAAUGGCUGAUGUCCAAAGAUCAAGAAAAUUCACAGUAUGUACAAUGGCUGAUGUCCAAAGAUCAAAAAAAUUUACAGCAUGUACAAUGGCUGAUGUUCAAAGAUCAAGAAAAUUCACAGCAUGUGCAAUGGCUGAUGUCCAAAGAUCAAGAAAAUUCACAGCAGAUGCGAGCGACACCAAAGGAUAAAGGAAAGUCAAAAUCCAACUUCUUGGGGCGAAUAUUGCGCAAAGAUCAAGAAAUGAAACAACAAAUGAUAGCUCAAGUUAGGGAACAGUCAGAGCAGAUAGAAAAGCUGGAGAUUGCGAAUGAUCCAUUUGUAUGGAAACUGCCCCACUUUCAUGCUCUUCUUGGCAAAGCAAAAACAGGGGUAAAACAAGUUUUACUGAGUGAAUCCUUUUCUCUGUGGAAAAACGGAUACAUGUUAAGAAUCAAAAUGAUGCUUGAAAAGUUUAGUGAAUGGGGCUCAGUUUUUCUAAGUCUCUCGAUCGUAAAUGUCCCUGGAGAAUUUGACAAGUCACUAUCAUGGCCAUUUGUAGAAAAAAUACACGUAGCAAUAAUUGAUCAGAAUCCAUGCAAGGAGGAGAGCGAUAACAGUUGCAUGUGA